AUGAACGCGGAGAAGCGAGCGGAGAUUUACACCUACGAGGCGCCGUGGAUGGUGUACGCGUGCAACUGGAGCGUGCGGCAAGACAAGCGAUUCAGGCUCGCGCUCGGAUCGUUCGUCGAGGAGUACAGCAACAAGGUGGAGAUCAUCACCUUGGAUGAGGAGACGGGGGAGUUUCCGAAGGAGGCGAAGUGCUCGUUCACGCAUCCGUAUCCGUGCACGAAGAUUAUGUUCAUCCCGGACAAGGAGUGCACCAAGGAGGAUCUGUUGGCGACGACUGGGGAUUAUCUGAGGAUAUGGCAGGUAAAGGACGAGGACACGGUGCAGAUGAAGUCGUUGCUGAAUAAUAACAAGAGCAGUGAGUUUUGCGCGCCGCUGACGAGCUUCGAUUGGAACGAGACGAAGCUUCAGAGGGUCGGGACGUCAUCCAUCGACACUACGUGCACAAUUUGGGACAUUGAGCGAGAGUGCGUGGACACGCAACUCAUCGCGCACGAUAAGGAGGUGUACGACAUCGCUUGGGGUGGUCCCGAAGUGUUUGCUAGCGUGAGCGCGGACGGAAGUGUACGGGUUUUCGAUCUCAGAGAUAAGGACCACAGCACAAUAAUUUACGAGAGUCAGACCCCAGACACACCCCUGCUGCGCCUAGGAUGGAACAAACAAGAUCCGCGGUACAUGGCCGCGAUCUGCAUGGAUAACCCGGUGGUCGUGCUCGAUAUUCGCUUCCCGACUUUGCCCGUGGCGGAACUUCAGAGCCACAGGGCGAGCGUGAACACGUUAGCCUGGGCGCCGCACAGCUCAAGUCACAUGUGUACGGCAGGCGACGACAGCCAGGCAUUGAUUUGGGACUUGUCGUCGAUGAACCAACCGCCUGAGGGAGGAUUGGAUCCAAUUUUAGCGUACUCUGCGGGUGCGGAGAUCAAUCAGCUACAGUGGAGCGCGACGCAGCCGGAUUGGAUCUCAAUCGCGUUCCGCAACAGUUUGCAGAUCCUUCGAGUCUAG